AUGAUUGUAAUAUUUGGAAGACCUCAGGAAGAGAGCAUGUCUAAAAAUAGCUUAGAUUUCAAGUCUUGUAUCGAUUACUGUUAUGAACUGGAUUCGUGUAUGGCGGUGUACAGUGCUUCCGAAGCAGACGACUGUCAUAUAUUUGAUGUUGGCCAGUUGUCAAAAGUGACGGAAACCGAUAAGAGUGAUGGUCAAAAAGUUGCUUUCAAGAUGAACACCACCAUGUGCUAUGAAUCUUCGGAAGACAACUCAAUGAUAACAAAUGGUCCACCGAACCAAAUCUGUAAUAUAACCAAUGCAAACGGAGUAUGGAAAUUCACUCCAUGCCCAUCUUGUCCCUCUAACUUCACAAUGUUUACAAGACCCAAAGGAAAGUGGUGUAUUGGAGUUGUUCCAACAAUCCCAUUCGUAACGAAUCCACAAGCAGAAUCCUUGUGUCAGACGAACUAUGGUGGUGUGCUGAGUGGAUUGGAAAAUGUGGACGAGUAUAAUUAUAUUAUAGACGUAGUGAUACCAAUGAUCGGCUCGCCACUAUGGUCAGCCUGGACGACAGUGGGCUUUUGGAUAAAUGGGCAGCGUAAGGAAGCUUGCAAAACUCAAAAGUCCUCGUUGUGCAACACUACAGCUGGAUUCGACUUCACUGAUCCUUUGCUCUCAGCAAACCCCACCGGUUACAUUUGGGGUGUUGGCCAACCAAGUGGGGGAGGAACUUUCAACUCAAGUUGUCUUCAUUUAUCUUUCAAUACUUCCACAAGAGUGACUCAAAGUGUUGAUGACUACACAUGUGGCGUGAAUUCUUCAACUACCGGAAGCGCAGGAUUCGUUGGAUAUAUUUGUGGUGUAGUUCCUUCAUAA